CCGGAGCCAUCAUGUCCGAAGGAGUGGACUUGAUUGACAUCUACGCGGACGAGGAGUUCAACCAGGACCCAGAGUUCAACAAUACAGAUCAGAUUGACCUGUACGAUGACGUCUUGACAGCUGCCUCUCAGCCCUCAGAUGACAGAACCAGCAGCACCGAACCGCCACCUCCUGUGCGCCAGGAACCUUCUCCCAAGCCCAAUAACAAGACCCCGGCCAUCCUCUACACCUACAGUGGCCUGCGGAACCGGCGAGCCGCUGUCUAUGUGGGCAGCUUCUCUUGGUGGACCACAGACCAGCAGCUGAUCCAGGUUAUUCGCUCUAUAGGAGUCUAUGAUGUGGUGGAGUUGAAAUUUGCAGAGAAUCGAGCAAAUGGCCAGUCCAAAGGGUAUGCUGAGGUAGUGGUUGCCUCAGAAAACUCUGUUCACAGAUUGUUGGAACUGCUGCCAGGAAAAGUCCUUAAUGGAGAAAAAGUGGAUGUGAGGCCGGCCACCCGGCAAAACCUGUCACAGUUUGAGGCACAGGCUCGGAAACGUGAGUGCGUCCGAGUCCCAAGAGGGGGAAUACCUCCACGGGCCCACUCAAGAGACUCUAGUGACUCUGCUGACGGGCGGGCUACGCCCUCCGAGAACCUCGUCCCGUCCUCCGCUCGAGUGGAUAAGCCCCCCAGCGUGCUGCCCUACUUCAGUCGCCCUCCUUCUGCCCUCCCCCUGAUGGGUCUGCCCCCACCCCCGAUUCCACCCCCACCGCCUCUCUCCUCGAGCUUUGGGGUCCCCCCUCCUCCUCCUGGUAUCCACUACCAGCAUCUCAUGCCCCCUCCUCCUCGAUUACCUCCUCAUCUGACUGUACCUCCCCCUGGGGCCAUCCCACCUGCCCUUCACCUCAAUCCAGCCUUCUUCCCCCCACCAAAUGCUACAGUGGGGCCUCCACCAGAUACUUACAUGAAGGCCUCAGCACCCUAUAACCACCAUGGCAGCCGAGAUUCGGGCCCUCCGCCUUCUACAGUGAGUGAAGCAGAAUUUGAAGAGAUUAUGAAGCGAAACAGGGCGAUUUCCAGCAGUGCCAUUUCGAAAGCGGUAUCUGGAGCCAGUGCAGGAGAUUACAGUGACGCGAUUGAGACCCUACUCACAGCGAUUGCUGUUAUCAAACAGUCUCGGGUCGCCAAUGAUGAGCGUUGCCGAGUCCUCAUCUCCUCUCUUAAGGACUGUCUUCACGGCAUCGAGGCCAAGUCAUACAGCGUGGGUACCAGCGGGAGCUCGUCCAGGAAAAGACACCGGUCCCGAGAGAGGUCGCCCAGCCGGUCCCGAGAGAGCAGCAGGAGGCACCGGGACCUGCUUCAUAACGAGGAUCGGCAUGACGAUUAUUUCCAAGAACGGAACCGGGAGCAUGAGAGACAUCGGGAUCGAGAGCGGGACCGGCACCACUGAGAAAGGAGUCUGGUUGGAAGCAAAUGUUUUUUUAAUGGACUUGCAUCUCCUCACCUUGAUCAGGACUAAAGGACGGAGGCCACUCCACCCCUUCCCCUUCUUCCAACCCCCUAACUCCCUUCAGACACCCAGGGAUACCCUCUGCCCUUCAGAUUGAAGAUGCCCGGCAACCUUCCCAGUCCCACAGCUCCUGUUUGCUAGGGGAAGUAACCUAAAGACUUGAGGUGCUGGGGUGGGGUGGCAGGCAGAAAGAAAAAACGUCCGGCCCCUGGUUUCAGUAGAGAAUGGUGCUUUGUCCAAGGAAACGAGUUUCUGAUGGUCCAGGAGCAGCUCGGUGGGAGCCUAGUGGGAAGGCUUCCUUCCCAAGGAAGUGGAUCCUCCGUCCAGGAUCUAGGAGAGCAGCUGGGUGUGCCAAGAUAUGCCCAGGGUCCUGCCCUCAGCACUAUGUUUGAUGGGGCCAAGAGGGUCGAAACCCUUCUCUGAUUCACCACUACUUUGUUUUGUCCCCUUCUCCUUCCCAGCCCUUUGAAGGAGGGACCAUGAGGAUAGAAAUGCAUUCAGGAAAAGCUGCUCUUGCUUUUCCUUCCUACAUAGACGGUUGUUUCCUGACCUCCCCAAGGGCUGCACCCUCCUCACUUCCUGCUGUCCAGCCUCCUCAUUGGACGAGACCUGUGAGGGUGCUUCUGUGAGGAGCCUGGCCUGGCCAAUGACCUCCCUCUGCUGCUUUGUGCUUGGUUGCCUCUUGUAAUACCAGCUCUCCUAGGUGUUCCCUUUCCCUGGCGCUUCCCCUGUCACAUGGGAACCCUUCUUCCAAGAGGCUGCUUCCUUGUUUUAGAGGAAGUACAGCCAUUGGGAGCUUCGGGCAUCAAACCUCAUGGUGAAGAACCCUGGUAAAGCCCCAAGAGGAGAGGGGAAGGCUUAGUUGGGUUGGGUCUGGCCAACUUCCACAGGCUUUUUAUCCUUUUUUUCAGGUGUGAUAUAAGGGUGGGCUUGCAUCCCCUAGGUACACACUUUGACUUAUCAUGGGAGCACCUGGCAUUCAUAGGCACACUUGGUGUCUUUCCACCUUUCAUUUCCAGAGGUACUUCUGCCUCUGCUAGGGAGCCAGGAAGUAACUUGAGUCUGACUUGAGGAUCUCAGCUCUGCCCACCAAGGACCACCACUCUCCAGGGUCUGAUUUCCACGCAGGCAGAUGGAAUUGCUUUUCCAUAAUGUCCUGCUAUGGUGUGGUUCCUGCUGGAGAGA